AUGGAAGCUGGUAACCUUGAAAAAUUCUUUGGCCCUUACUUAUCUGAACGUCAGUGGGGAACUGUACGGGAAGAUUAUUCUCACAAUGGAGACUGCUGGAGAUUUUUCUCCCAUGAUAAAUCUCGUUACACUGUCUAUUUACAUGGAGAAGAUGGUCUCUUGGGGUGGUGUGACUACAAGUCCAAGCUAUGUGUGUCUUUGGCACUAUGGAAUGGCAAAGACAAGAUUCUUAAAGAACGAUUGUUUGGUCUCACUGGACUGCAGGGCAACCAUGGGGAAGAUGUGAAGGAAGUCUACUACUAUCUAGACAAUGUUGCUGACCACAGCUACAUGCGUGCCUUAUACCGUUACCCACAGUCAGCUUUCCCUUAUAAGAAACUAAUCCGAAAAAACAAGGAACGGAAACAUACAGAUCCUGAAUAUGAAUUAACGGAUACUGGAGUGUUUGAUCAUGACUACUGGGAUAUUUACAUGGAAUUUGCUAAGGAAGAUCCCAAAACAUGUCUAUGUCGUUAUAUAAUCCACAACCGGGGAAAGAAUCCAGCAACACUUCACAUUCUACCUCAAAUCUGGCUACGAGACACAUGGAGCCAUUGCAGUUGUGACUCUUGCCACACGACAACAAAGCCAAAUAUUAAGAUUUGUAAUGAAAAAAAUCAAGUGCGGAUCGACUAUUCAGAAGGAUCCUUUUUUGCAAAAUUUGACAACAGUCCUACUGGACAUCUGCCUGAUUUGAUAUUUACUGAAAAUGAAGCUAUCACAAGUGCCGACAAAAGUGAUGAAGAAGACUAUAAAAAAGAUGCAUUUCACCAAUUUGUAAUUGCUGGUGAAACAAAAUGUGUGAAUCCUCAUCAGAAUGGCACCAAAUGUGCUGCUGUUUACUGUGUCACUGUCAACCCUGGUAGCAGCAAACAAAUUCAAAUGUGUCUCUGGCCAGUCAAGUCCAGUCCCAAAUGUAACAACUUCGGAUUGCAGUUUGACAGUAUUCUUAAAGCUAAAGCAACACAAGCUAAAAAAACUUGCUCAAAGUUGAUGCAUCCCAGUUGGAGUGAAGAGGAGAAGAAUGUUGCCCAACAGGCUUAUGCUGGUCUGCUGUGGAGCAAACAGUUUUACUGCUAUGAUGUCCAAAAAUGGUUCAAAGCUAACUGCUCAAUUGAUUGGGAUUCAGGCUCUGAACUUUCUGAUGAGGAAGCAGAUGACAUUGAAGAGAAAGAAUGUUGUGGUUUGGUUGAUCCCCACAGCAAGGAGUCAAUUCAGGCAGAAUCUUGUUCAGAUGAAAAUUCCUUGUGUAAGGUUUCUGAUGGAAAUCUUAAGCAGGAAAUUGUUGACAGUUCCACAAGUUCUGAUGAACAUCUAGAAAAAUCUGAAAAUAAAGAAUCUGGGAGGAGAUCUUCUAUUGGGAAACAAACAUACAAAAUUGAACAUAAAAGAAACAAAGAUUGGUUAUUCCAUCUGCACAACUGUGAUAUAAUCUCCAUGCCUGACAAGUGGGAAUUCCCUUGGUAUGCGACUUGGGAUUUGGCCUUCCACAUGAUUCCAUUCUCUACUAUUGAUCCACUUUUCACCAAAAAACAAUUACUUUUGUUUUUAUCUGACAAUUACCUUCACCCAAGUGGGCAGUUGCCUGCCUAUGAAUUUGACUUCAGUGACACAAAUCCGCCUGUUCAUGCAUGGGCCUGCCUCCAUGUAUACAAAAACUCAAAAAAAGAUAUUCAUUUUCUAAAAAAAUGUUUUCAAAGGCUUUUAUUAAAUUACACUUGGUGGAUAAAUGCCAAGAAAAUUCCUGGUCCUGGACAUUUGUAUGGUGGUGGCUUCCUUGGCAUGGACAAUAUCAGUGUUUACAACCGAUCACAUGGAAUACCCCCAGGCUACAUGCUUGCUCAGGCUGAUGGCACUGCUUGGAUGGCAUUCUAUUCUUUGAAACUCUUUGAAAUGGCAUUGGAACUUAGUCAACUUGACAAUGAUUACUUAGACAUGGCAGAAAGAUUUCUCAACUAUUUCUUUUUGAUUGCAGAUACUGCAAAUUCUCCAAUCAAUCAGGCAGGUUUUUGGGAUGAAGAAGAUAAAUUUUUCUAUGACAUUUUACUGCCUUACCAUUCUGAUGAAAUCAUUCCUCUCUGCACCCGUUCCUUGGUUGGCCUGGUUCCAUUGUUUGCUUGUGCUUUUAUUACAAUUCCCAAGUCCAUAUCCACCAAUCCAAGGUUCUUAAGUAUUAUGCAUAAAGCAAUGAGCAAAAAUAAGCUUUCACAACAGAAUACUAUAAAGAAGGUGAAAGAGUACACAAGUCAUCAGAAAUAUCAUGUCAUGUUGAACCAAGAACAAUUUUUUGUAUCCUUAAUUUCUAAAAAUCAGCUGCAGCAGAUCUUAGCUUGGGUUUUAAAAGAGUCUGAGUUUUUAUCUCCUUUUGGAAUUCGUUCACUCUCAAAGCAUUAUGAAAAUCAUCCCUAUCCUCCUCCAGUUGAGACAGACACAGGCCACAAAUUAAACAGUGGUAAAAUGGAAUGCUCUAGUGACGAACAAAAGAUGCAUGCCCAUAUGGGAGAAAGCCAUCAUGAUUCAAAAGUGGAAAGGAAUCCAGGGGAAAAACCAGUGUUGGAGGAUGAUGACAGUGAUAUUGAGAGCAAUGAUAGCAGAUACGAUGAGAUGGUUAAAGAAGUAACAGUUAAGUAUGCUCCAGGAGAAUCAAUUUGUGGUAUGUUUGGAGGCAACAGUAACUGGAGAGGCCCAAUUUGGUUAUGCAUGAACUAUUUAUUGCUGGAAUCACUAGAAUCCUAUUAUUACGCUUAUGGUGAUAACUUCCAAGUUGAACUGCCAACAGGUUCUGGGAAAUCUGUAAAUCUUCAACAAGUUGUCCGUGAUAUCUCUGAAAGGAUUGUCUCUAUCUUCAUACCUGACAAAGAUGGAAAAAGGCCAGUACAUGGUGGCUUCCGGCAAUAUGCAGAGGAGGAAAGCUGGCGCCAUCUAGUUUUGUUUUAUGAGUUUUUCCAUGCAGAAACUGGUCGUGGCUGUGGAGCUAGUCACCAAACUGGUUGGACAGCUCUGGUUGUGGAGUUUUUGAAGAAGAAAUAUUCUCAGUAA